ACUACUGACCCCAAGUGAUCUACCCACCUCAGCCUCCCAGAGUGUUGGGAUUACAGGCAUCAGCCGCCAUGCCUGUCUCAGCUACUGGUUUUCAAUGACAGGCCUCGAACCAAGCCCACCAUUCACAUUAGGUAACCUGUGCUUUUCCUCACUCGGGCCAGGGGCUGGGGAGCUUUAGGCAAGAUGUCCAUAGACUUGUGGCCAUUCUGAUGCAGGAGUGGCUUUUUAAGAUUAAACACUUACCAGUUUGUUUUCUGUUUUGGGUCAUUUUCCAGUACCCAGAAAUUGUUGUUUUUGACAAUUCUAUCUAGUUUUAUACCUGUUUUUUGUUUUUUUUUCAAAAGGAAAUUGGCCAACUCCUUAGACCCUUCUAAGGUGAAUCUUGGACUGGAUCGGUUUCAUGCUUCUUCCACUUCAAUACUUUAUUGCCCACAGCUUUUGAUUUGGAUCAGAGAUGAGCUGAUAUUAGGAGGCUGGCGUAGGCACAUGGACGGAGAGCUGAAUUUUGCAUAAGUCACCUCAAGUGUAUAAAAAUAAAUGGGAGAACCAGUGAUGCUGAACGCUGAACUGGGCGUUUCAGAGCUGGGGUCUAGUCUCAGUCCAGCCUUGACAAAACCUCUUUGAGGUUUUCUAAAAAAGUAUCUAACAAAGGAUGCCCCAAGCCUCCCCUAACAUGUCCCACUGUUCCCAACUUCUCCCCAGGUCCUUUCCCGACUUCUCCUCUGCCUUUCUCACGGGCCUGUGACUGUGAGGGUGAAAAUGGCUGAAAUUAACUUUCACUUCUGCUCAGACAUCUGGAACCCAUGAACAAAGUCACUUCCUUGUUUUCUUUCUGAGUGGCUGCUGGAAUUCUCUGAGAGAGAGAGAGAUAGUGAGUGAGUGAGUGUGUGUGUGUGUGUGUGUGUGUGUUUGUGUGUGUGUGUGUUACUGUUAUUUUACAACCUCUGUCUUCUGGGGUGGACAGAAAGGUAAUGUUUUAUCCUGGAUCACAUAAGGGCCAGAGCACUUCCCUGCAGAUUCUCACAUCCCCUCUCACUCUAACCUUGGGUAGAUGGAAAAUGGAUUUUCUUUGUAGGAAGCUGGAUUUCUUGCUCCCCACUAUAUUCUCUAUACCCUGAAGUCCAAGUAUAUUAUAGUUGUCCAAAAGCAUCUAUUUAGGCCCCACUGACAAAAUGUUAGAAAUGGUUCAGGCAACCUCACAGCAUCCUGGUUCAGCAAAAGACUCAGCCCAGGGAUCUGUCUCUGAGAGUCUGUAGGAGUCUUAGUCACGAAUCAUGUUCAAAGCCAUCUCCUUGGCAGCUUCCCUCAGUGACCCCUGAUAGAAUUUUGCCCCUGCCUCUGGUCUAGCACUGUGCCCCACUGAGAACUCAGUGGCUGCAUCUGCCGUGCUCCACUGCAGUGAUCUGCUUACCAGGCCCCUUCCCCAAGCUUCUUAGGCUGAGGCCCUCAGAGGAGGAUGGAGCGUAGCUGUAUUGAUAUCUCCAGCCUCCAGCGGGUGCUUACCACAGAGCAGGUAUUCAGAAAACUGUGCUGCGUUAAUCUAAUUGAAGAAGGAAGACCGAGUCAUCUCAUGUCAAAUCAGUCACUUUUUAAAUCAGAAGCUUACAGAGUUUGGAACUCUUUCAACUUGUGUUUCAUGGUUGGAUCCGCAUAGUAGUUAUCAGGAGGUGAAUGUAAGAGUAAAUUAACGGGAGCCGCCAUGGACCGAGCAGGCCCAGGAUUCUAGACACUGUUCUGAGCCCUUUGCUACCUCGCAGAGAAGAUCAGAUCUGGGACUUAAAGCAGUUAGUCACAUUCACAUCAGCUUCCAGGUAUUUGGAGUCUAGUAUGUGCUAAAUAUGGUAAUAGAUGCUUUUGAUGUAUGAAUCCAUUUAUUCUCACAAAAACCCCGGGGAAGUGAAACAGACUAUUUCCACAGUGUCUUAAAACCCCAGAACUCUGUGUUGCUGCCUCUAUUGACAUAAGCACCUGUCAAAGCUGUAACUCACAGCUCAGUAUUGACUUAGCCCACUGCAAGGAAAUGAACUCCAUGAGGAAACUGAGACUCUGGACCGUGCGGUAGAAGCUGGCCUGUCUGCGCACCACACCUACUCUCAAGGAUCCAAGACCAUGAAGGGAGAAGAGAGAGCCCACUGAGUGGCUUCCUCUGAUAAGACACCGGUGGAAAGGAGCCAGCUCACUGGUGAGUGGCUCACCAUGCCUGGUUUGAUCAGCAAGAUUCUGAGGUCAUCUCAGAAGCCUUCUUGUUCCCACUGGUCCCUUGACUGCUGUGGACAGGAUGCCACCCACCACUCCAGACACCACUUACUGCUCUAGAUGUUGGGAUCCUUCUCCCAUCGCCUCCAUUAUUCUUGUUCUCUCCUCCUCUGAGUUUUCAUAGCCAAGUGAAUUGCCAACACUGAAGAGAUCUAAGUCAACUACUGGCUAGGGAACUAUUAAACACAUGAGGAAUUAGCUUUUACGGAGCACCGAUUCUGUGCCCACCGUUCAUGCCCAUUCUUCCACUUAAUGCUGAUUAUGUCCUGUGUGCUAGCUAUUAUUAACAUCAUUUAAAGACAACACAAAACCAGUGAGGCUGAGAGAACAGCUUCACACAGAUGGCACACGGCAGAGCCCACGACCUCUCCUGAGCUCCAUAGCGUUUGUCAACACGGCAACGCAAAUUACCUUGUAGAGUCGGUGUGGAGGUUUGCUAACCCUGCCAGACUUGGUACAGGAAAAACACCAGCUGUGCUGUUAAACCAAAACCCCAUGAGAAAACUUUCUGGUGACAGAGGGGCAUUGUGACCCAUGUGGCCCAGGGUCAUGGAAAGGGCAGCUGCUCAUGGUCGUUCCUCAGGCGUUUUCAUGGAGCAGAGGCACCCCCCCCAACCAAGCCCAGGAAGCCCACAGGAGCUUCAGCAGGGCUCGGCUGGAGGGCGGGGCCCCUGCUGCACUUGCUCACUGGGGGCUGGGGAGGCUCUGAUCGCAAACCGGGGGUGCUGCCACCCCUGUCUGCUGCCAGAAAGCCACAAGCCAUGAAAACUGAUUGAGAUGAGAAGGAUUCAUCUGGGACUGGCUUUUUGCUUUAGGAUGGUGUUGGAAGAUGCUGGUUGUCACUAGAAGUCUGCUCCACUGUAAGGGUGCCGGGAUUUGAAGAGCUAUGGUGCAACACCACUGAAGCAUUGCCAAGUCAGCCUCCCGGAAGGGGCUGGGGAGUCCCUCUGUGCAGAGGAUCUGAGGCCCUGCCCUCUCAUAUCCUCCGUCUGCUGUGUGCCUCGAACAGGAUGGGGAUGGUGAGCAGCAAAAGGCAGGUCAAGGAGAAUGACAAGGGCCGAUGGAGCCCCCUGAAGGCCAGAGCCCAGGACAAGGCCCCCCCACCACUGCCACCCCUGGUUGUCUUUAACCACCUUACUCCUCCACCACCCGAGGAACACCUGGAUGAAGACGAGCAUUUCGCGGUAGCCCUCUAUGACUACGCCGCCGUGAAUGACCGGGACCUGCAGAUGCUGAAGGGGGAGAAGCUACAGGUCCUGAAGGGAACUGGAGCCUGGUGGCUGGCCAAGUCGCUCGUCACAGGAAGAGAAGGCUAUGUGCCCAGCAACUUCGUGGCCCGAGUGGAGAGCCUGGAAGUGGAGAGGUGGUUCUUUAGAUCACUGAGCCGCAAGGAGGCGGAAAGGCAGCUUCUGGCUCCAGUCAACAAGGCCGGCUCCUUUCUCAUCAGAGAGAGUGAAACCAACAAAGGUGCCUUCUGCCUGUCUGUGAAGGAUGUCACCGCCCAGGGGGAGCUGAUCAAGCACUAUAAGAUCCGCUCCCUGGAUGAGGGGGGCUACUACAUCUCCCCCCGGAUUACCUUCCCCUCGCUGCAGGCCCUGGUGCAGCACUAUUCUAAGAAGGCGGAUGGUGUCUGCCAGAGGCUGACCCUGCCCUGUGUGGGCCUGGCCCCGCAGAGCCCCUGGGCCCAGGAUGAAUGGGAAAUCCCCAGGCAGUCUCUCAAGCUGGUCAGGAAGCUCGGGUCUGGACAAUUUGGCGACGUCUGGAUGGGUUACUACAAAAACAACAUGAAGGUGGCCAUCAAGACACUGAAGGAGGGAGCCAUGAGUCCAGAAGCCUUCCUGGGCGAGGCCAACGUGAUGAAGACCCUGCAGCACGAGCGGCUGGUCCGGCUCUACGCUGUGGUCACCAAGGAGCCCAUCUACAUUGUCACUGAGUACAUGGCCAGAGGAUGCCUGCUGGAUUUCUUGAAGACGGAUGAAGGGAACAGAUUGUCACUUCCAAGGCUGAUCGACAUGUCGGCCCAGAUUGCUGAAGGGAUGGCGUACAUCGAGCGCAUGAAUUCCAUCCACCGCGACCUGCGAGCGGCUAACAUCCUGGUGUCUGAGACCUUGUGCUGCAAGAUUGCUGAUUUUGGCUUGGCUCGGAUCAUCGACAGUGAAUACAUGGCCCAGGAGGGGGCCAAGUUCCCUAUCAAGUGGACUGCCCCAGAAGCCAUCCACUUCGGGAUCUUCACCAUCAAAGCAGACGUGUGGUCAUUUGGAGUCCUCCUGAUGGAAGUCGUCACUUACGGGCGGGUGCCAUACCCAGGGAUGAGCAACCCCGAGGUCAUCCGCAGCCUGGAGCGCGGCUACCGCAUGCCGCGUCCCGACACCUGCCCGCCGGAGUUGUAUCGUGGCGUCAUCGCCCAGUGCUGGCGCAGCCGGCCCGAGGAGCGGCCCACCUUCGAGUUCCUGCAUUCAGUGCUGGAGGACUUCUACACGGCCACCGAGCGGCAGUACGAGCUUCAGCCCUAGCCAGUCCGAGCCCGCCGGCGACGGGUGCCCACCGCUGCGCGGACGACCUCGCAGUUCCGUGCCAGCACCGACGGGCAGUGAAGGCACCGGGAAACCAGAGGGCAGAGGCAGCUAUGCAGGGGGGGUGCUCGGACAGACUCCUUCCCCGGCUGUGCGCCCUCGGGUGAGUUACGCGGCCUCUCUGUGCCGCCCCAUUUGUAAAGAGGGCUGUGUCAGUGACCUGGCACGGGCACCCCGAGUACUAAGUUAGCCCCCCAAGGUUUUCGGGACUAGUAAGCAACUGAUAAGGCCCCAGUGCUGGGCCUUGACCGAGGAGUCACCGCCGGUGGCCACGUCCAGGCCGCUGCGCCCUGCGAGGACCUCGCCCCGUGCCGCUGCAGAAGCUGGAAUGGGUCCCCACCCCGCCACCCGACGCCAGCAGGGGCAGCCCCAGCCUAGGCUGCGCUCUGGCACUGCGGAGCUUUUCCAUAAUAAAGUCACGAGCGUUCGA